AUGGCUGAUGAAGAUUUUGAUGGAGAUGACAACGCAGAAGAAUUCGAGGAUGAGGAGGAUGACAACUUAGAUCUGGAACAGCACGAUGAUGAUGCAGCUGAUGGACAUUUUGAUGUUUUGCCGUCUGGAGAAAGUUCUGCUAGUGUUACCAAGUCUAAACGGAUCACCACGCGAUAUAUGACAAAGUACGAAAGAGCUCGAGUCCUAGGCACCAGAGCCCUCCAGAUAGCUAUGUGCGCUCCAGUGAUGGUCGAAUUAGAAGGCGAGACAGACCCGUUGCAAAUUGCUAUGAAAGAGUUGAAACAAAGAAAAAUUCCAAUUGUUAUCAGACGCUACUUGCCGGAUAACAGCUACGAAGAUUGGGGGAUCGAUGAGUUAAUUAUCAUCGACCAUUAA